AUGGCGCCAUACGACAGCGACUCCUCUGACGGCGGCGAUGACUAUACCGAGACAAAUGUGCUGCUGGGUUAUGCGACAAAGGACGCAACGGGCGACGCAGUUUCCCACAUCGGAGGUGCACCGGGCUGGAUAGAUGAGGCGACAGCCCCUUCUGGCGCCUUAGCAAAGUGCAAAGUCUGUAAUGGCUAUCUCAGCCUCCUCCUCGAACUCAACGGCGACCUUCCUGACCAAUUCCCUGGUCACGAGCGGCGACUGUAUAUCUGGACAUGUCGGCGCAAACCAUGCAGAAGGAAGGAGGGUAGUGUGAGGGGUAUUCGUGGAGUGCGCAUCGCGAAAGGCGCGAGCAGUAAGGCCACUACUGCCAAAGUCGACAAGAAAGAGGUCAAAGAAGAAAAGCCCCAGCCCAAGAUAGGCGAGUCGCUGUUUGGGGUCAAGAAUGGGACAAGUGCAUCGACGCCCGCGAACCCAUUCUCGAACCCCUUCUCGUCCAAGCCCAAUGGUGCGGCAUCGGCGAACCCUUUCUCUUCGGGAGGAAGUGCAAAUCCCUUCGGCACAUCCAGCCCUACACCCGCGGUUCAAGUUAGCGAGCCUGAGGAGAAGAAGUAUGAAGUCUCCACGACUUUACCGGAAACUUUCGCGUCCAAAGUUCGGCUGUCUUCACCACCUCCGUCUGAACAGCAACCCCCACGUCCACAUGAGCCAUGGCCAGCAGACUCGGCCUUCCCUACGCCGUUCCCACACUACCACCUGGACGCCGAAUACGAGACGCUAGACGCUCCUUCAGAACCAUCAAUACCAGCAAACGUGCGGGUUAUGGAUAUGGAGACUGAAGAAAGCGGGAAAGGUGGUGGAAAAGAAGACAAGGAAGUAUUUGAGUCGUCCAUGGACAGGACGUUCCAGAAGUUUGCAGAUCGUAUUGGGGAGAACUCCGAGCAGGUGCUGCGUUAUGAGUACAAAGGCAAGCCGCUUCUGUACAGCGACAACGAUGCUAUUGGCAAGCUUCUGGGACCACAUUCGGAGAAUGGUACAGCGUCGAACGCAAAGAUCAAGACAACGGCCUCACGAGGUGGAGCUGGCUUUCCUCGAUGUUCGACGUGUGGGGCGGAUAGGGUCUUCGAGGUUCAGUUAACACCACAUGCAAUUACCGAGUUGGAGGCAGACGAGAUGAGCAUCGAUGGCAUGGAAUGGGGCACUAUCAUUAUGGCAGUAUGUAGCAAAGACUGCAAGCCCAGCGACGUCCAAGAAGGCGAAGUCGGCUAUGUGGAGGAGUGGGUUGGGGUCCAAUGGGAGGAGGUCGCUUCAAAGAAGUAG